AUGGGAAAUAUGAUACCGCCAAAAGGGUCUGUAGCAGCUUCCUCCUCACUAACACGACCUCAUGAGCAAGUAUCAGGUGAGGGUAUCAAAGUUGAUAGUCGAAAGGUUGAGGCACUCAAAAAUUGGCCAAGGUCCACAAAUCCUACCGAGGUGCGCAGUUUCUUGGGCCUAGCCCAUUACUAUCAAAGAUUUGUGGAGAUUUUCUCAUCAAUAGCUACUCCCCUGACGAAGUUAAUACAGAAGUCAGCUACGUUCCAGUGGACCGAUGGUUGUGAGAAGAGCUUCCAAGAGUUAAAGAACAGGUUAACCAUGGCACCAAUUUUAACUCUUCUUGAAGGACCCGAAGGCUAUGUCAUAUAUUGUGAUUCCUCUAUAGUAGGAUUGUGUGGCGUACAUAUGCAACACGAUAAGCUUAUUGCAUCUGCUUUAAGGCAGCUGAGAAGUCAUGAGCAAAAAUAUCUGACCCAUGAUCUGGAGCUAGCAACUGUCAUUUUGCUCUAA